AAGCAGUUGAAAUUUCUUUCAAAUUCAACAACUCUGCUUCUCCUUCUUACUAUAAGUAUCAGUAACCUCAUAAGAAGAUUAAAAGUGGUUUUUUGAGAGGGAUAUUAUGGCAAGUGCAGAAAAAGUAGUACAUAAAUCAUGGAUUGUCCAAUAUAAUCUGCAUUCUAUUUUAGGAAUCCUCCUCUUGGUCUUUCUUUUUGUGUCUUUUUAUCUUAUAGGGGAUAGUAAUAAUGCUGGUAACAUUCUAGAGAAUAACCCUACAAGAAAAAACUCAUCUCCAGAACCAAAAUGCAAUUUAUUUUCUGGAAGUUGGGUUUUUGAUAAUGUCUCGUAUCCUCUAUACAAAGAACAACAAUGUUCUUUUAUGACUGAUGAUUUUGCUUGUCAUAAGUUUGGAAGAAAAGACUCAAAAUUUCAACAUUGGAGAUGGCAACCUUAUGAUUGUGAUCUUCCAAGGUUUAAUGCCAAAGCAUUGUUGGAGAAGCUAAAAGGGAAGAGGGUGUUAUUUGUUGGGGAUUCAUUGAAUAAGAACCAAUGGGUUUCUAUGGUAUGCUUAAUUGAAUCCUCAGGAAUUCCAUCUCUUAAAUCACCUAUUUGGAAAGGCAACUUGAUCACCUUUGAGGUCAAGGAAUACAAUGCAACAAUUGAUUUCUACUGGUCGCCAUUGCUAGUGGAAUCAAAUUGCGAUGAUCCAGUGAAGCACCGUGUAAGGGACAGAAUUAUCAGAAUUGAGGCAAUUGAAAAGCAUGCUAGGCAUUGGAUUGAUGCUGAUAUUCUCAUCUUUGAUUCCUUCACCUGGUGGCUAGAAUCCCAAAUGACACUCCUGUGGGGAUCUUUUGAAAGCUCUGAUGCAAUCUACAAGAAGGUUGGAAUGAAGCUGCGCCGCUACGAGAUGGCCUUAAGAACAUGGUCAGAUUGGUUGGAGUUUCAAAUUGACAGAAAAAGGACAAGAUUGUUUUUCAUGAGCCUCUCUCCUCCUCACAGAAAUGCUACAGAUUGGGGCAUGGGAAAUGAUCAAAAUUGCUAUAAUGAAACAGAACCAAUAUCAAGAAAACAGUAUUGGGGAAGUGAAAAUGAUGUAAAGAUGAUGGAAAUAGCAGAGAAAGCUGUAAAUGGGCUGCAGAAAAGGGGUGUAGAUAUACAAUAUCUUAACAUAACACAGCUAUCAGAUUAUAGAAAAGAUGCACAUCCAUCAAUUUACAAGAGGAAUUGGGUUGCUCUAACAAAAGAACAAUUGUUAAAUCCAAGGAGUUAUGCAGAUUGUGUACAUUGGUGUCUUCCUGGUGUGCCUGAUGUUUGGAAUCAGAUUCUUUACGCCAAUAUCGUGGACUCCACAAAAGAAAAGAAUAGAGAUUUUUCUGUGUGAAAAUAUUGUGAAACUGUACAACAACAACUACAACAACAACCGCCCAGUAUAAUCCCACAUAGUGGGGUCUGGAGAGGGUAGUGUAUACGUAACCUUACCCCUAUCUUGUGGAGAUAGAGAGGCCGUUUCCAAUAGACCUCGGCUCAGAGAAGCAUAAGCAUCACGUUAAAGAAGAGAAAAAUAAGAAGCGCAACAGCGAGAACUAUAUAAAAGCAGCACAAAUAACAACCAGAUAUUCAGGUGAUCGAAAUGAAUUUGUGAAACUGUAAUACAGUAAUAUUUAUUUUUUUGUUUAUAGAAGCUUGAAAUGUGUGAAGUAGUUCAACAAGAUUUACAAUUAUUGUAGAUAUUGAGAAGCAGUACAUUUUUCAACUUGGUUUUAGGAUUUGGAAAUUAGACUCAACCUAAAAGUGUAAAAUUAU